AUGACAUAUUCUCCGCCACUAAUUCCUAAGAAAUCAAGGACCAAGGUUCAAGCGAGCAAAUCAAGACCUGAUAAAAGAAUUAAGAUGAAGUACUUUAAGGCUCAAAUUGUUGAGGCUCUAUGUCAUAAGAUUCUCUAUAUGAAACCAAGAAAUUGGGGCAAAGCUGGUGAUAAUUAUCUAUACUUGAUGUGGGCUCUCAUUAAUGAUAGUGAACUUAAUUGGGUGAAGUUCAUUGUGAACCGGAUGAUUCAUUACAAGGAUAACCCAAAGAGGCCAUUGUUCUUUUCUUAUUUUGUGCAGCAGAUCCUUGAGGUUAACAUGAUUGUUUCAAAAGAAGAAGAUUUGACUAGGGCACCAAAGAUUUUGGAUUAUGGUGGUGUUUCCAAAAUGAGAUAUUAUAAAGACUCCAAUGGUGACUAUUAUUACCUUAAGGAAUAUUGUUGA